AUGUCAGACAAAAGUGAUUUAAAAGCUGAGCUCGAGCGCAAAAAGCAGCGCCUAGCACAAAUAAGAGAGGAGAAGAAACGGAAGGAAGAAGAAAGGAAAAAGAAAGAGGCUGAUCAGCAGCAAAAGAAAGAGCCAGUUCAGGAAGAUUCGGAUCUAGAUCGCAAAAGAAGAGAGACAGAGGCUUUAUUACAGAGCAUUGGUAUAUCCCCAGAACCACCUCUAGUCCCAACCCCUAUGUCUCCCUCUUCGAAAUCAGUGAGCACCCCCAGUGAAGCUGGCAGCCAGGAUUCAGGAGAUCUGGGACCAAUAGGAAGGACCCUGCAGUGGGACACAGACCCCUCAGUGCUGCAGCUCCAGUCUGACUCUGAACUUGGACGCAGACUUCACAAGCUAGGUGUGUCAAAGAUUACCCAGGUUGAUUUCUUACCACGGGAAGUGGUGUCCUACUCCAAGGAGACACAGACACCUCUUGCUACACAUCAGUCUGAAGAGGAUGAAGAUGAUGAUGAGAUUGUGGAACCCAAAGCACGGAAUGACUCAGAGAUGGAAAAUCAAGAACAGAAACACGAGGUGAAAGAAGCUCCUCCUAGAGAAUUGACAGAGGAAGAAAAACAACAGAUUCUCCAUUCAGAAGAAUUCCUGAUAUUUUUCGACCGAACAAUACGUGUAAUUGAGCGAGCUUUGGCUGAAGAUUCAGACAUAUUCUUUGACUACAGUGGCAGAGAUGUAGAAGAGAAAGAUGGAGAUGUUCAAGCCGGAGCCAACCUUUCCUUUAAUCGUCAGUUCUAUGAUGAGCAUUGGUCAAAGCAUCGUGUUGUCACCUGUAUGGAUUGGUCUCUUCAGUACCCUGAAUUGAUGGUUGCUUCUUAUAACAAUAACGAAGAUGCUCCACAUGAGCCAGAUGGGGUGGCCUUAGUUUGGAACAUGAAGUUUAAGAAAACCACACCAGAAUAUGUUUUCCAUUGUCAGUCCUCUGUGAUGUCUGUCUGCUUUGCACGUUUUCACCCCAACCUGGUUGUUGGUGGAACAUACUCUGGCCAAAUUGUCCUGUGGGAUAAUCGCAGUCACAGGAGGACUCCAGUUCAGCGUACACCCCUUUCGGCUGCUGCUCACACGCAUCCUGUAUACUGUGUAAAUGUAGUUGGAACACAGAAUGCGCACAAUCUCAUUACAGUUUCUACAGAUGGCAAAAUGUGCUCCUGGAGCCUGGAUAUGCUCUCAACACCACAGGAGAGCAUGGAGCUGUCCUACAAUAAAUCCAAGCCGGUGGCAGUUACAGGAAUGGCUUUCCCAACAGGAGACGUCAACAACUUCGUGGUUGGCAGCGAGGAGGGUACCGUCUACACGGCUUGUCGUCAUGGAAGUAAAGCAGGAAUUGGUGAAAUCUUUGAAGGCCACCAAGGACCUGUCACGGGGAUCAAUUGCCACAUGGCAGUGGGCCCAAUCGACUUUUCCCAUCUCUUUGUCACAUCAUCAUUUGACUGGACAGUCAAGUUGUGGACCACAAAGCACAACAAGCCGCUCUACUCCUUUGAAGACAAUGCAGACUAUGUCUACGAUGUCAUGUGGUCACCAGUGCAUCCCGCGCUCUUUGCCUGUGUGGACGGGAUGGGGCGCUUGGAUCUGUGGAACCUGAAUAAUGACACCGAGGUUCCAACAGCCAGUGUGACAAUUGAAGGAGCUUCUGCCCUCAAUCGUGUCCGUUGGGCCCAGGCUGGGAAAGAGGUAGCAGUUGGAGAUUCAGAAGGCCGCAUCUGGAUCUAUGAUGUUGGAGAGCUCGCUGUUCCACACAAUGACGAAUGGACCCGUUUUGCUCGGACACUGGUUGAAAUCCGUGCCAACAGAGCGGACAGUGAAGAGGAAGGGACUGUAGAAUUGUCUGCCUAGAGAAAAGGAGGUUUCCACUGUGUCUAGCGCAGCAUCUAUCCCCUGUUGAGUAUGCCAGUUUUCGGUGUCAAAUCAGUAUCGCUGUGGCUUUUGAUGCCAGUGUCCCUGCCAACAUUGCUUAGAGAGCUCCAUGUUAAUCACACUGCGCUUUACACAAGGCUGAGAAUCUCCAGAGCUGUUCCAUACUUUAUAUUUCUGUCUGAAACGUAAGAAAGAAAAGACAAAUCAAACCUUUAUGGGUUUAGCUGUUGCCUUUUAACUACUUAGUAGCUGUAUUUAAUAGCUAGAAACCAUGGUUAAACUUGUGCUCACAUGCACUUCUGGCAUAGUCCUAUUAAAUCCAUAUGAAGCCAGAUAUGAUUAUGUGCAGAUGUGGUGUGCUUCAUGAUAUGGGACUGGGCCAAAGACUUUAGAUGUGGUGUUUCACAUGGUGACUUACAUUAUGAAUGGAUGUACUAUACAAAAGUUGCUGCUCCUUAUUUAUUGCGGUGUGCUGCAUGGAACAUAUUUAUUUGAAAGCAUUAAAAUAAAUGAUCCUAAAGCAUGUGCAUAAUGAGAGCACUGCAUUGUCUCUGUGCUGCUGUAGAGGCUACAUUACCAUUCAAAUACUAAAGAUGUAAAAUCUAUAAAUAUUUGUUUGAGUGGAUGGAAUGAUUUUUUUAAAAUGCCUAUUACUUCUAGGCACUUUAACAAUAUUUCACGUACAGUUGGUCGUUGAUACUUGUCAUGGUAACACUAACAGGCUGACAAAGAAUUGUGGUUCCUGAGUAUGACACCAAUAUUGCCAAUAAACUUAUUCUGGAGCAACGUGGUUAAUCCUUUUGGGCCAGCAGUACUCAGCAUGUUAAACAUGGGACAUUGGCUAUGCACUGGGAACAUGUGACUUCCAAGAAUUGCAGAAUGCUCAUACAACUGCUAUGUCAGGGAUUGGCAACCUUUGGCACACGGCUCGCCAGGGUAAGCCCCCUG